GACUUAAAAUCAGUAGGAUUUCUGUCUUCAAAUCAUGGCGGCUGAAACAGUACAGUUUCUCUCGAUCGUUUUGGUAUCGCAUAAGGUGUUGUCUGUUGAAUAUCCGUUCCCGUCCAAUAACAGAGGGUUUGACGUCAUCAGAUCCGCCGACUACUAUUGGCCGUUCGAUGCUGUACAGAACGGGGUUGUCGAAGAGUUAAAUUCAGGGCGUGUCGGCACGGUCAAUGGAAGCGUAGUGACAACGAGCGCAGUAGUGAACGAUGGGAUCCUCCUGGAUGGCGGAGCGAACUUUGUUACCCUGGGUGACUUCUCGGGAACCUGUGUGGCCAGCCCCAGCCUCUGCGCACAAACAGGUCUGUCCGUGUCUGUGUGGUGGAAGAACUCGGAGCCGAUCAGCCGACAGUGCAUCACGUCAGGCGGGAAGGGUCUGUCAGACGGGCUGUCACUCUACACCAUCAGUCCCGCCUUCGGGACCGAGUUCUACAUCAGGAGUGGGAACACGCUGUGGAUGGCAGCAUUCCCUUCUCCAAGUGACACGUGGACGCAUUUUGUGUUCACCUGGACCCAGGCUGAUACUAUAGAGGUGUGGCAAGAUGGCGUCAAACUGGCGGCUCCCAUCACCACCACUGUGGGUACCAACUACGGGGAUGUCCAUAACAACCUGGUGGUGGGGACAAACAAUGACCAGUCGUACGAUGAGUACUGUACCGGCUCCUUCGACGAGCUGGCCAUUUGGGGCCGCAAGCUUACAGACCCAGAGGUGCUGUACUACUACCAAGCGUCGACUGGGACCGUCAUUGGUGUAGACACUGUUAAGACAGAGGUCGACACGCUCACCAACGCCACCUAUGAAAAGACUACCGAAUUGCUGCAAUCUCUCCUGGCGGUAACAGUUCCUGGAACACACCUGUUAGACACGGAUAUCACUGAAGCCGUCUCCGUGUUGGAGAAGUUAUCAACACUCCUCCCUGAUGAAACAGUGGGAACAAAUAAUGCUUCUGAUCUGUCUCAGAUGUUCUUCGAAGAGACAGGACAACUCAUGAGCGCCCUGAACCAGUAUGGAUGGGGAAACAUGACCCAGUACGCGAAAGACAGCACGUUAUCUGACUUGUCCCGCGUCACCGACCAGUUUAACAUACACCUGGGUAGUCACGUGGCGUCGCCUGGAACAACAACUGUGUUGAGUGCUGGGGACAAUGGCAUUUCCAACUUUAGCGUCACCGUGCGGCCAGCAGCAGUACUACAACAUGACGAUUACGUGUUCCCCGAUGGUGACUCUGACACUACCAUAGAGAUCCCGGCUUCUAUUGUAAAUUACAACAUACAUGAAGCACGAACGAUUGUCGCGGUCCUGUAUCACAAUUUCCACCAACGCUAUUCCACAAAUAAUAGCCUAGGUGUGGACCCAUCUGAAGCGUCGCUGAACAGCCUGGUGGUGUCCGCCACCCUGAGUCCCAGUCCGCCCCUCCCACUCCAGGACAACAUCACUGUGUCUUUCACACACUUAGAGGAAGCUGAGGACACUACCAGACGCUGGUGUGUUCAUCUGGACCUGACAGGUGAUGUUGGGGUGUGGUCAGAUGAGGGGUGUGUCAUCCUCUCAACCAACUCCAACCGCACCGUCUGCAGCUGUAACCACAUGACCAACUACGCCAUCCUCAUGCAGGUGGUAGAUGUACAGGUGGACCAUGGGAACAGAGUUGCCCUCCAGGUGAUCACCUAUGUGGGGUGUGGCCUGUCCAUCAUCUGUCUGUUCGUCUCCAUCAUCGUGUUUCUGGGACUAUCGAGUAUCCAGGCAGACAAGACCCAUGCUCACGUCAACCUGUGCGUCUGUCUUCUUCUGGCACAGAUGCUUUUUCUGAUCGGGUCUGGGUGGACUCCUGGAACGGUGGUGUGCAAAGUGUUUGCGGUUUUGCUACACUACAUCUACCUGGCAGCGUUCGCCUGGAUGUUGGUGGAGGGCAUUCACCUGUACAACGUCAUCAUCCGGGUGUUCACACACGUCAGGCUUCUCUACUACUAUCUUAUUGGCUGGGGUCUGCCACUCCUGGUGUGUAUUGUGUCUGUCAGCAUAGCGCAUAGCGGCUAUGGGGAAAAGGACAAUUGCUGGUUAUCCACUGGUGGAGGAGUAAUCUGGGCGUUUGUUGCACCUGCCCUAGUCAUCAUCAUGGUUAACGCGGUAAUUUUGAUCCUGGUGACAAGAGAGGUCGUCAAACUCAACAACAUCAGCUUCCGGGUCAAACCGGAAAAGGAAAAGUCUUCUUUCAAGUCCAGUGUACGUGCUGUAGCUGUCCUGUUACCUAUCCUCGGUAUUUCAUGGAUAUUCGGUGUCCUGGCAGUGAACGAAGCUGCAGUUGUAUUUCAGUACAUCUUCGCUCUAACGAACAGCUCACAGGGGCUGUUUAUUUUCCUGUUCCAUUGUGCUCUAAACAGUGAGGUUCGUCAAGCGUUUAAGCGCAGAGCCUACAGUUGGAGCGUUAGCCGCGGGAACAUCCCGGGGAGAGUCGAUACCGUACGGGUCAAGCCGUUCGACUCGGACGUGAUUCGGCCUGAGUCACAAAGUUCAACAAAAUCCAACAAAAAGACUACAACUCCGGAGUUGAUGCCUUCAGUUGUCUCCACCACCCACCUCCCCAACUUGGAAUUCUCGGACCCGGACGUUUUCGCCACCCCCCUCUCCAACAUGGAUUCUUCCGCACCACAACCCAUUCCUAGAAGGAAGCUAUCCAGAAUGCCAUCGACAGAAGUUUAGAAAGUUUGAAUAACAUUUUGGCAAUCCACUUAAUCUUUAAUGAACAUUUCAGUACCAAGGACAUGACCAUGUGACCAAGGACAUGACCAUGUGCAGGGGUAGCAGGGUGGGAUCACAUUUUAGUAUCGAGGUCAGGACAGUAGCAUAUUUUGACGGCAAUAGGUGAUGAAAAUAGCGAGUCAUGUCACAGUCGCGCCCACUGUGAUUGUGUACAAACUGUUGGCUCGGACAUGUAAAUACGUUUGAUGCGUGUAACUUUUAACCAUGCCAUAAAUGUAAUAUGAGCCCUGGGGAUUGCGUAGAUAAGUAUGGAUCAGACCACAUUAUAUGCCGUACAAUUAUAUUGAUGUUUAAACAGGUCAUGUAUAUUCAGGGCUUUAUAUACGUUGAGUAACAGUUGAAUAAAACAACGAAACAACGU